UGGGGGCUGGUGGUGGGGUGAGCGGCCGUGGGAGCUGUUUUGAUUGCGGAGGUGGAGCCCAGUGAGCGCGAGUCACAGGCCGCGGGGCGGGGCGGGGCGGGGCGGAGCGGAGCCCAGUGGACCGGGUGACCGCUGGCCGGAGCGGGAUCCCUGGAGGCGCUAUGUGGGGGCGGGGCGUGGGCGCCGGGGCGGAACCCGAGGGCCGGAAGCGGACAGAACCCGGGGUCCCGCAAUCGGCUCGCCAUGGACGAGGCGGACCGGCAGCUCCUGCGGCGAUGCAGGGUGCGCCUAGUGAGCGAGCUGCAAGUCGCGGAGCUCUGGGACGCUCUGCUGAGUCGAGAGCUCUUCACGCGCGACAUGAUCGAGGAUAUUCAGCAGGCAGGAUCUGGGUCUCGGCGGGAUCAGGCCAGGCAGCUGGUCACAGACCUUGAGACCCGAGGGAGGCAGGCCCUUCCUCUCUUCAUCUCCUGCUUAGAGGACACAGGCCAAGGCACCCUGGCUUCACUCUUGCAAAGCGGUCGGCAAGCAGCCAAGCAGGAUCCAGAGGCUGUUAAACCCCUAGACCACCUGGUGCCUGUGGUCCUGGGACCAAUGGGACUCACAGCAAAGGAGCAGAGAGUAGUGAAGCUGGACCCGUCACAGCCUGCCGUGGGAAACCUCACCCCAGUGGUGCUGGGGCCAGAAGAGCUCUGGCCUGCUCGGCUCAAGCCAGAGGUUCUCAGACCAGAAACACCCAGGCCCGUGGACAUUGGUUCUGGCGGAGCUCAUGAUGUCUGUGUUCCAGGGAAGAUCAGGGGACAUGCAGAUAUGGCAUACACCCUGGAUUCGGAUCCCUGUGGCCACUGCCUCAUCAUCAACAAUGUGAACUUCUGCCCUUCCUCGGGGCUCGGCACACGCACGGGCUCCAACUUGGACCGUGACAAACUUGAGCACCGAUUCCGCUGGCUGCGCUUCAUGGUGGAGGUGAAGAACGACCUGACUGCCAAGAAAAUGGUCACGGCUUUGAUGGAGAUGGCACACCGGAACCACCGUGCCCUGGACUGCUUUGUGGUGGUCAUCCUCUCUCAUGGCUGCCAGGCCAGCCACCUCCAGUUCCCGGGUGCUGUCUAUGGGACAGAUGGAUGCUCCGUGUCCAUUGAGAAAAUUGUGAAUAUCUUCAACGGGAGCGGCUGCCCCAGCCUGGGAGGGAAGCCCAAGCUCUUCUUCAUCCAGGCCUGCGGUGGUGAGCAGAAAGACCAUGGCUUUGAGGUGGCCUGCACUUCCUCUCAAGGCAGGACCUUGGACAGUGACUCUGAGCCAGAUGCUGUCCCCUAUCAGGAAGGCCCAAGGCCCUUGGACCAGCUGGAUGCUGUGUCAAGUUUGCCUACCCCCAGUGACAUCCUUGUGUCCUACUCCACCUUCCCAGGUUUUGUCUCCUGGAGGGACAAGAAAAGUGGCUCCUGGUACAUCGAGACCUUGGAUGGCAUUCUGGAGCAGUGGGCUCGCUCUGAAGACCUGCAGUCCCUCCUUCUCAGGGUUGCCAAUGCUGUUUCUGCGAAAGGGACUUACAAGCAGAUUCCUGGCUGUUUUAACUUCCUCCGGAAAAAGCUGUUUUUUAAAACUUCAUGAGGCUCGGGGCUGCUCUCUGCCUCAUUAUUCUCUCCGAAGCUCUCAUGGCUUGGAGCUGGCCAAGGCCAUAACUGUCCUGCUAAGAUAGGAUUUUGAACUGGGGCAGGCUGCUCUUUCCCUUUGGCGAUGCAAACAUGCUCCUAGCAGCUUUCAGGUUGUAGGGCAAUGUGGAGCAGUGGUCGGAAGAAGACCGGAGUGCAAUGGAUGCUGCCUGGCCCCUUCAUCUGUGGUUAGGGAUUGUGCCCUGGGACUCCCAGGCCUCUCAAGAACAGGGCUUCUCUGCCACUGUACUACUGACAUGUGCGGUUGUAUAAUCCUGUCAUGGGACUGCCUCGUGUAUUGUAGAGGGUUUUAAGCUGUCUCUGUCCUCUACCUGCCAGCUGCCAGGAGCACCCCUCCUGAGAUCUGCCAACCAAAAAUGUCUUCAGACAUUGUCACAUGUGCCCUGGGGGACAUUAUAGCACUCCUCUCUGCUCCCCCACCCGGGGGGGGGUCAUCAACCACAGGGGUCUAUGCAUCUCUCCUUUCCAGACUCAAAGUCCAGCUGGCCCAGUGUGCAUACCUGGAUCUGGGCUGCAUCUCUUCCAAGUUACCAGAAGGGCUAAUUCUUCCUUGAGAACAUUAUUUAUUCUUCAACAAUAAAUCUUCGGCAAUAGGACUGUAUUUAGCCUGUAUUGUCCCUACCCCAACUCUGUCCUUCUUACAAAGGAGACAUGAUUUUUCCUGCGUUUUUCUCUGUGUCUUCCAAGGUCCCUGCCCGAGCCCAGCAGGUGACCGAGAUAGGAGUCAGGAGUCCCCACAGAUCAAGUCUCCUGUCUGAAGGAUCUUGGUUACCCUAGUGGGGACACCAGGACAGAGCUCUGCUGUUUGGGGUCUCCCAAUCUCCCAUUGUCUUCCUUGCUAAGUGAGCCUGGUCCCCAGGUGGCAGUGACCAGGCAGUACUGAAGUGCUGGGACUUCCUUGAAAAUGUGCCCUCCCCUGUCUUUAAAGCGAUUCUGCCUUUCACUUAUUUUUCUUUCUUUCUGGUUUCCUCUACUCUUUGCUUUGUGAAAGUCCACUUGAGUUUAGAUGGUAGAUGUGCCAAGCCUUGUUUGUUUAUUUUUGAGCUAGGGUCUUACUUUGUAGCCCAGGCUGACCACAAAAUCUCCAUACCACUGCCUCCUGGGUACCAGGAUUAUAGCUUGUCCCACUGCCCCAAUCUCCUCCUGAAAGAGCAUUGCUUUCAGGGCCCCGAGGUUAGGGUAUCGGGGUAAGAAGACAGACUCAUUCAAGGAUGUGAUUCUUAAAUUACUUUAUUACUAUUUCUUUUCUAUGGCAUUUCCAGGGGGACAGUGGCAGUAAUGUCUUCAGUUAGUUCCUUGCCAUCACCUGCAGGACACACAGGAGAGAGAGGAGGUUAGCUGGAACACUGGGCAUUGAGUUCAGUGACUCUCAGGGCCAAGAGGGGUCAAGAAGGGUCUUAGCCCGGAAUCCUGCUUGGGUAUCAGGCCAGGAAGGCCCGGAAUCACCAAUCAUUACAUGCCAAAUGCACCGAUGGGUAUGUUUUGGUUUUUUUUUUUUCAUGUUGUCUGUUUCUUUGUUGUUGUUGUUGUUGUUGUUUUCCCUGAGACUGGGUCUCUCUGUGUAGCCCUGGCUGUCCCAGAACUCACCAUGAAGACAAGACUGGCCUUGAACUCAGAGAUCCGCCUGCCCUUGCCUCUGAGUAGUGGUCUUAAAAGUGUGGACCAGUGCACAGGCCCCUCACAGUUCAGAAUGGCAGGUGCCAGCUGAGUUCAUUAAACAAGGAAAAUGUGUUGAUGGCUUAUGGUGAGCAGACCAUCUACACAUGCAGUUGUGGGCGUUUCUUUGUUGUUUGUUUUGAGGCUGGGACUCACUAUGUAGCCUAGGCUGGCCUUAUUACCACCAUACUUGGCUUCAUUUGGUUGGUUGGUUUUGUUUGAGACACUGUCUCAUGUAGCCCAGGCUGCCCUUAAAACAAUCCUCCUGCCUCUUAUUCCCAAGUUCUGGCCAUUAUGCAUCUUUACCACCAUCUCUGCCAAUACAGGAUCCUUUGUUUUGUUUUGUUUUGUUUUGUUUUGCAGUUUUGGCGUCUAUGCACACAAGGCCCAGGUGAGCACAGAGCAUACAAUUGACAGCGAUUGCCUCUGUGGAUUGGGCGCAAAGGUUAAAGCCAGGGGAAUCUUCAUUUCUUACGUGAUACACUCUUGUGUUCCUUUUAUAAGCAAUAUUUUAAAUAAAGCAAUGUAUUCCCUUCUGAACCAAAAAUAAAGCUGUGAUUGUUGAAGGCUCCC